UUUGACAAUUCGUUCAAUUUCGUUUUCGUUUCGCAAAAUAAUUUUUUUGCGGUGAUUGAUGAUUUGAGUAUAUUUGUAGGUGUGAUUUUCGAACAUUUGUACAAGUAUUAUUUAUAAUGUUAAAUUAAAAGUGGUUUCAUAUUAUUAUUGUGAUGGAUCCACCAAUGAGUAAGUCUCGUUACCGACGCGCCAAGCUGUGUGUGCUUGGUGCGGUGAACGCUGGCACCUUCGCAGCCGCAGUCAACCUCGUACUCACCCUCGACCCUGAAGACAGGAUAUCGGUGAAGCGUGGUUGCGCGCUGACAGCUCUAGGAUUCGUCUACUUCAUGUCUCUGUUCGAGUUAUUCACGUUCGCGGCGCUGUUCACCACUUCGGGCUCCCGGCUGCGGCACAAGUACCGCCUGAAUUGCGGCGACGUCCUCGAUAUUAAUAACAAGUUGGUAUCGGCGGUGCAGGCGGCGCUGUCAUGUGUGACAGGCGCUGUGGUGUGUCUGUGGUCUUGUACGCGGGAUUUCAUGCGCUCCUCUCACUUCAUGUCUGAAGCGUACGCGUGGUUCGGAGCUGCAUACUUCUUCUAUGAUAUCUGGUCUAUGUAUUUGGUACACGUACGACAAAUGGGUUUUUCAAAGAGCAAGUCAACAAACGAUAAAGUGAAAUCUUCAAACGAAACCCCAAAGAGUGUAGAAGGCUCAGAUGCUCCUAAGAACUUCGAAGGUUCUGAUGCUUUGACUGCUACUUCUUUAGAUGAAGUUGGAUGUAUGGGUCCUAAGAAACCUAAACGAGGUCCUAAAUGUGCCGCGUGUGGGGAUUGUUUGGGAGAAGGAGUUAAUACAAUCUCUUUCUUCUCUUAUUGUCGUCACGAACCUGUUAUACUUUUCCAUCAUCUUUUUAUAGGUGGUUUUGGAUUCCUUGUUAUUGUUUAUCUACGUGGUGGAUUGGGUGACUGUGUAUUCGGAUUUGUCUAUCUGAUGGAGUUAUCGACUCCUUUCGUGUCUCUCCGUGGUAUUCUCUCUCGGUUGGGACUCAAGUCCUCCCGCGCCUAUCUUCUGAACGGCCUCGCCAUGUUGGCGACAUUCUUCGUAUGUCGAGUCCUCAGUCUGCCUUAUGUCUGUCUUAUGUACAGUCGAGUUAUUGGAUUGCCCUAUUUUGAGGCUAUUAAAUCUCUUCCCACCGGCUGCAAGAUAUCCAUCUGUAUUCUACUUCUGCCACAACUGUACUGGUUCUACCUGAUGUCUGCGGGCGCGGUGAAGGUGUUCGUGGGGGCGGCGCAGGCGAGGGCGCAGGCGCGGGCGCGGGCGAGGGCGAAGGCCGGGGCUCCGCUGGCUGCCGGAGACAACCACAAGCGCAGCUGAUGCAGGCGACGACGCAGGAACAAUCACACGUAAGACCCCCAUGUUGCACAUUUAAAUAUAUAGAUGGCGCUUUGAUUAUAUUAUAUAAUGUUGCGUUUAUGUUGAACAUAAAUGAUGAAAUUUCAUGUUAUGUUGGAGACAGUUAUGUUAUAAUGUUACUAUAAUAUUUUAGGUCAGUAAAUAAAAAAAAAUUCUUAUGUGUAAUUAAAUUGUACCAUUUAAAAAAAUGUUUAAAUAUGUUAUGUAUGAUUAGAUAAUUCUCUUUCGUAUAUAUUAAAAGGGCGACCUAUAUAUUUAAAUUCUUAUUUAAUUCAUAUUUAUAUAUGUAGAUAAUAUUUACUAUGGACAUGAAGAUUUUUUUUUUUGGAUUGAUAUUGGCAUUUAAAAUAAAUUAUACAUUCUUAAAGAUCAUAAAAGAAAUGCUUUGAUGAAAAUUACUCAUAAUUGUCUAAAUAAUAUUAUUUAACAGCCAGUACUUUAAUUUAAUAA